GCUUCACUCUAGCAGUGUGGUACAAUUUAUGGAAUACGGGAUCACGGGUACCAUUAGUGGGAAUAGUGUCUUCAUCCUUGGUCCAUGAACAAAGAGGAGAAGGAGUGUAUAUGACCUUGAAACUGAAAUGCUUCUACUGCGACUCCCAAGACUUCGGUGAAGCAUGGGAAACUCUUACCCAGGACACUGCAUGUCAAGACAGUGUGUUUUCAACUUGUUUUCGGAAUCAGACACUCCCGGGAAGGCAAACAACGGAAGUUAUUGAUCUCAUAAGAAGCUGUGAACAGAAAUGCAAGUGCUCGGACGAGGAAGGUUGGUGCGUGACUCCGGAAUGCAAACGUCAGACGAAAUGCUGUUGGGGUCAGGUAUACUGUGAAGAAGACCAAUACUGAGACAAAUGCUCAAGCUUGCUUUAGGCGACCGUUUACGCAUUGCGGAUCUAUUAUCACGCGCAAUGCUAGCCUAUUAUUUUUCUCGCUAUUUCAAGUUACUUGUAACCGUUGGACGCGGUACAAUAAUGCAAACUUGUGGAGUACAGCAUUUGCCUAUUUUCGUUAAUUGUCUGAGUUUUCGAAGCUUACACUCAGUCUUCGUUGUACCAGGCUAUAGGUAUAAGACCGAUUAAUCAGACGGAGAACUGAAAGGAGACCAUUUAAGGCGUCGCUAAACAGUUUUUUGACGCUUGAGAGAUAACGCUCUCAAACAGAAAGGAAUCCUGAAUCGAAGAUUACAAUGAUCAUCUUGGGUAGGAGAAAAAAAGUAGCUGUGACGAUGUCUAACACUCUUUAUUUCUGUGUGAAAUCAUCAGUUACUGUAACAGCUCCCGAAACACAUGAUUGUAGAAAUUUUUUCUAACAGUAUCUUCAAUACGUGAUCGCGUAAAUCUUCGCGUGCGUAUUGGUCGAGAGCCAUUUUUUGUACAAUUUUCAGCAAUUAAUAAAAUAAAAACCUCGCUCCGUGAAUAGUUGUUGCUUAUAUCCUAUCAUAAAACUGACGCACAGAAGCACUGUAGAAACCAGCUUACGGUAGACUCGUUGUUUGUAUGGGUUUUUCAAGCGUGGGGAGGCAAGCGUAAGAACUGCGCAAAAGGCCCACGAGGGUGAGACAAAGUCACCUUUGACGCACUUCCCCUCUCGCGUGUGACUCGCCCUUCACACGCGUCCCGCGCUGACUUAAAAAAACAAGUUUAACAGGAAACCACAUCCCAAGCGACUUACUAUGAAAAUAUCAUUAGACUACAUGGAUGGGUGAUGAACUCUAGAUGAAAAUAUAAACGAUCAUAUUCGGUUUUUCAUUAAAAUUUUUCAAUACUGGUUGUGAGUUUUGUUACCAGGGAAACGCUAUCUAGCUAAAAAAGCGGGUGUGGAUCGCCCAAAUUGCGGCAAUGUUUAAUAAGAUCUUCAUCAUGUAAACCCUUAAGCACUCGAGAUCAGUGGUGGGUUCAUUUACAUUUUGAAGUCUGGAACGUAUUUGUAAAAUUAAAAAAAAAAAAAAGAUAACACUUUACGAGAGUAAAACGAAGCCAAAGCAGCUGAGAAAUAUUGGGAGGUGUGGAUUAAGAUGGUCUUCCACCCGCAUUUUAAAAAAUUUUAAUACUAACUGGGUCCAAUUCAUUAUAAUACCAUUGGAAAUAUUCAAAAGUGUUGCGAAUUGCACUAGUAAUUGACAUUUUGUAACCAUGGCAACCAGUUUCCAGGCUCCCAAGGAUGAAAAAAGGUACCCAUCUGCUAAAAAGAAUAUUUAAAGAACCAGAGGUCCCAUUGACUUAUAAAUGGUAUCAAAAUGAACUACAAUGAUUGUUCUAUGCUGUAAACCUCAAAAAGUAAACUAUCAAAGUAUCUUUCAGAACAAUAAAAAUUUAUUUCUGAGAAGUGCAAUAUUUUAGCCCUAAUCAUUCUCAGAAAAUUGAAAUGAGAUUCAUUCACUUUCACACAACUGCUUUUGUUCUUGUUCACAACACAGCACAAAUACAAGAGAGAAUUCACUGAAAAUUUCAGGUCAAUUGCUCUAAAAGAAGGAAAGAUAUCCUUUUUGCCGUAAUGGCUACUAAAGCAAAAUUACAAAAAUGAGAAAACUGCGAUUAAAGUGUCACCUUCCUUUUCUUGUUGUUUGUCAGUUUUUUUUUCAUAUUCCCUGCACUUCUUGCAGACUUUGCUUAAGGGUACGACAUCCAGAAUUUUUCUGGUUUCCAGGCUAAUGGCAGUGACACAACCAUUUAA